AUGGGUCAAUUGCCCGCAACCAGAGUCUCACCAGCAAGAGCAUUUCUCCACACGGGGGUGGACUAUGCAGGUCCUUUCGCCAUCCUCAAGUGGAGACCCACGAAUGCUCAACCGGGAUCAGUGCACAUCGCAGUGUUCGUGUGCUUCACCACGUCAGCAGUUCACCUAGAGCUCGUCAACAGGCAAACCACAGAAGCCUUCCUCGGAGCUUACAAGAGAUUCACCGGAAGACGAGGUAUUCCAGCAGUCAUGUACAGUGACAACGCCACCACCUUCGUCGGAGCAGCAGAUCAACUCGAAAGGCUCUAUCACCAAGCAUCUAAAGAAAAUCAACGUGUUCAGGCUGCUCUCGCCACCAAUGGGACUCAGUGGAGCUUCUCACCACCUAGAGCACCCCAUUUUGGUGGCAAAUGGGAAGCAGCAGUAAAAUCAACGAAGCAUCACCUCAAGAGAGUCCUGGGAACGACAACGCUAACAUUUGAGGAACUCAACACAGUCUUAGUUCAGAUUGAAGCCUGCCUAAACUCCAGGCCAAUCUGUCCGAUGUCAGACGACCCAGAAGAUCUCCAGGUUCUCACCCCAGGACACUUCUUAAUCGGCGAGCCUCUACAGAUAGUACCAGAGUCAUCCUACGUCGACGAGAAUCCCCUCAAGAUGAGGAGAUGGAACCUCGUGACUCGGAUAGUUCAACAGUUCUGGUCCAGGUGGUCCAAAGAGUGUCUCCAACGAUACCAGGCUAUCUACAAGUGGAAGACACGCCAGCAGAACAUCGAGGUUGGUAACAUGGUGCUGAUGGUCGACGAUAACCUUCCACCAGCCCAGUGGCCAAUCGCCAGAGUCAUCGCGACUAGACCAGGAGCAGAUGGGCUCACCAGAGUAGCCACAGUCAGAACGAGCAAAGCAGAAGUCGGCAGACAUCAAGAUGGGUCGCCUAAUCUCCAGAACAUCACAGCAGCCCACUCGGUGUUUGACAGACCAAUCACCAAGUCCUGUCUGCUUCCUACAUACCCACCUACACCAGACCAACCUCCAGAAGAAGAUCACCCAGAUGAUGAAGACGAUCAACAGCAAGGAGACAUCCAGGAACUGCAGGACUGA